AUGACGUAUUCCGUUUACAACACCCUAAUUCUCGUCUAUCUUUCUCUUCUAUACAGGGUGAGCGCUAUUCUGGGAUCCAUCCCUGGCUUUAAGAAGCUUAGAGGGUCAAGAAAUGAUGAUUGGAUUGACCGGAUGAGUCAUGUAUAUACCACAAUUCUUCUUAUCAUAUUCGCCGUGGUCGUGAGCACAUCUCAGUUCGUCGGGAACCCGAUCCAUUGCUGGCAUCCGGCAGAGUUUAAGGGCUGGUAUGAAAAAUACGCCGAGUAUUACUGCUGGAUUUCGAACACUUACUUCGUCUCAUUUUCUGAGAUGAUACCUGUGGACGUAACCGAAAGAAAAGACAGAGAAAUCACAUACUACCAAUGGGUGCCUCUAAUCCUGGCAUUCCAAGCUCUUUUGUUUAAAAUACCGAACGUGAUCUGGAAAAUGCUCCAUCCAAAUUGCGGUAUUAACCUGAGCAAAAUUGUUGACAUGGCGGAGAAGACGCAGCUGACGUCACCAUCUGCGAGACAGGAACUUAUUGAGCACCUCGCUAAACACAUCGACAAAUGGUUAGACACUGAACGAAACUAUAGCUGGAACAGAUACACGGCUAUGCGAGAACGCGUCAGUAAGAUUUGCUGUAUCUUCUGCAGCAAAAGAAGUGGCACUUAUUUGUCGGCACUGUUCCUUUUCAUGAAGAUUCUGUAUGUUGCAAAUAUAGUUGGACAGUUUUUCCUUCUAAACGCUUUUAUGGCAACAGAUUACAAUCUUUACGGUUUCGAGGUCAUACAUGGUCUGCAGACGAACACACCAUGGCGGGAAAGUCCGCGUUUCCCGCGCGUUACAUUCUGCGACUUUGAGAUCCGUCAACUUCAGAAUGUGCAACGUUUCACGAUUCAGUGCGUUUUGCCGAUCAAUCUUUUCAAUGAAAAGAUUUUCAUCUUUUUGUGGUUCUGGUUUUUCCUUAUCGCCAUUCUUGCCGUCUACAACCUCUUGCAGUGGAGUUACACGCUGAUCAUGAAGAGGAACCGUGUCAAUUACGUCAAGAAGUAUCUAAAAAUAACCGACCAAUUGCAAAACGGCUUUGAUAAGAAAUUAUGCCAUAGAUUCGCGGACAAUUAUUUGAGAGAAGAUGGAGUGUUUGUUUUACGAGUUAUAACGAGAAAUUCCACGGACUUGGUAACGACUGACUUAGUUACGCAAAUGUGGAGAAACUUCCAAGAGAAGCAAAACAGGCGCAUGCCAAACAAUGAUGAUACUUUACGACCAAAUGAACUCAAACCUACAAAUGACGAAAAGAUGCCUUUACCCGUAGACUGA